UGUUGGUUCGUUUUCAACUGUUCGGUGUUAGUCUGCUGAUCUUACCGGUGGUAAACCCUAAGCGUAACCAAUCUCCCAAAACCCUUCUAUCGGACGCCUCCAUUUCUACUCCCUUCCAAAUUGAACUUCUUCUGAACAUUAUCUUAUAAUUUCAAGUUCAAUUUGCAAGGGAAAAUCCGCCAUUUCGAUCCAUUAUGCCUACAAUUAGCGUUGGAAGGGACCUUCUUUUCGAAGCCCUAGGACGCACUUACACACAAGAUGAGUUCGAAGAAUUAUGCUUUGAAUUUGGAAUCGAGCUCGAUGAUGUGACGACAGAGAAAGCAAUUAUAAGAAAGGAGAAACACCUAAAAGAAGAGGAAGAAAUUGGUGGCGAUGAAGAAGUAAUCUACAAAAUUGAUAUCCCUGCCAAUCGAUAUGAUUUGCUUUGUCUGGAGGGACUUGUUCAGUCCCUGCGCAUUUUCUGUGGGGUUGAUUCAGUACCUAAAUACACACUUGCUGAUAUUAGUAAGGAAUUAAUGCUUAAAAUGCAUGUAAAACCUGAGACAUCUGUCAUACGUCCGUAUGUUGUUUGUGCUGUUUUGAGAGGCAUAACUUUCAAUGAGGCUAGAUAUAACAGCUUUAUCGAUCUCCAAGAUAAGCUUCAUCAGAAUAUAUGCAGACGAAGAACUCUUGUUGCCAUUGGAACUCAUGACUUGGACACAGUAGAAGGCCCAUUCACAUAUGAGGCUCUGGCACCAUCAGAGAUAGAGUUUAAGCCAUUAAAACAGGUGGAAACUUUCCGAGCUGAUAAGCUGAUGGAGUUUUACAAGUCAGAUUUGAAACUGAAGAAGUACUUGCACAUAAUCGAGGACUCACCUGUUUUCCCUGUUAUAUAUGAUCGAAACAGAACUGUAUUGUCUCUGCCCCCAAUAAUUAAUGGAGCACACUCAGCUAUUUCUUUGAAGACCAAGAAUGUUUUCAUUGAGUGCACAGCCACUGAUUUGACAAAGGCCAAGAUUGUCUUAAACACAAUGGUAACAAUGUUUUCUGUGUACUGUCAACGGAAGUUUGAGGUUGAGCCAGUUGAAGUAAUAUAUUCUGAUGGAAAAUCCAAUAUUUGCCCUGAACUAUCGCCCUACCAUAUGGAGGUGUCUCUAGCAUACAUCAAUGGUAUAGCUGGGGUUUCAUUGGAGGCAAAUAAGGUUGCUGGGUUGUUGAACAAAAUGCAAUUACAUGCUCAGCAAUCUGUCUCAGUGGACAAUGAAUGCAUUUUCACUGUAUCUGUUCCUCCAACCAGAAGUGAUGUGCUUCAUGCAUGUGAUGUAGCAGAGGAUGUGGCAAUUGCUUAUGGCUUCAAUGAAAUUCCAAAGCGGAAACCUGCAUCUUUGAAGCCCUUGCCACUGAACCAGUUCAGUGACCUUAUCAGAACGGAGAUUGCGCUUACCGGUUAUACAGAGGUGUUAACAUGGAUCCUAUGUUCAUACAAAGAAAAUUUCCCCAUGCUGAACCGUAAAGAUGACAAAUCAACUGCAGUUAUCAUUGGAAAUCCUCGAUCGGCAGAUUUUGAGGUUGUGCGGAGCAGUCUCAUGGCUGGAAUAUUGAAAACCGUUGCACACAAUAAAGAUCAUCCAAAACCUAUCAAGAUAUUUGAAGUAGGUGAUGUAACGGUAUUGGAUGAGUUAAAAGAUGUUGGGGCCACAAAUCAUCGCCAACUGGCAGCUCUUUACUGUGGUGCUACUUCAGGGUUUGAGUUGAUACAUGGGCUGGUAGACAGAAUUAUGGAAGUAACUGGUACUCCAUUUGUAUUGCCUGGAGACAAUACUGGUUAUUAUAUCGAGCGUUCAGAUGAGCCUGAGUUUUUGUCGGGGAGACAAGCGAACCUCAUUUACAAAGGGAAACGCAUCGGAACUUUUGGCAUUGUUCACCCACAGGUGCUGGAAAACUUUGACAUACCGGAUCCAUGCUCGUUUGUGGAGCUCAACAUGGAGAGCCUCCUGCUAUAGUCAAUAAAUAAUCUUGGAUUAAUGUUUUGUUUUAUAUAUCAAAAGAAGUAAAAUCUUAA